AUGCAGAGUAAAUGGUAAUUAAAAUGUGCAGGAUGACAAGAUGGAGCAAACAGUGCUUGUACCACCAGGACCUGACAGCUUCAACUUCUUCACCAGAGAAUCUCUUGCGACUAUUGAAAGACGCAUUGCAGAAGAAAAGGCUAAGAAUCCCAAACCAGACAAGAAAGAUGAUGAUGAAAAUGGCCCAAAGCCAAAUAGUGACUUGGAAGCUGGAAAGAACCUUCCAUUUAUAUAUGGAGACAUUCCUCCAGGGAUGGUGUCAGAGCCCUUGGAGGACCUGGACCCAUACUACAUCAAUAAGAAAACUUUUAUAGUAUUGAAUAAAGGGAAGGCCAUCUUCCGGUUCAGUGCCACCUCUGCCCUGUACAUUUUAACUCCCUUCAAUCCUCUUAGGAAAAUAGCUAUUAAGAUUUUGGUACAUUCAUUAUUCAGCAUGCUAAUCAUGUGCACUAUUUUGACGAACUGCGUGUUUAUGACAAUGAGUAAUCCUCCCGAGUGGACAAAGAAUGUAGAGUAUACCUUCACGGGAAUAUAUACAUUUGAAUCACUCAUAAAAAUUAUUGCAAGGGGCUUCUGCUUAGAAGAUUUUACUUUCCUUCGGGACCCAUGGAACUGGCUUGAUUUCACUGUCAUUACAUUUGCAUAUGUGACAGAGUUUGUGGACCUGGGCAAUGUCUCAGCGUUGAGAACAUUCAGAGUUCUCCGAGCAUUGAAAACAAUUUCCGUCAUUCCAGGCCUGAAGACCAUCGUAGGGGCCCUGAUCCAGUCAGUGAAGAAGCUCUCGGACGUCAUGAUCCUGACUGUGUUCUGUCUGAGUGUGUUUGCUCUGAUUGGGCUGCAGCUUUUCAUGGGCAACCUGAGAAAUAAAUGUGUACAGUGGCCUCCCAGUAAUUCUUCCCUGGAGGAACAUAGUAUAGAGAGGAAUAUAACUGUGAAUUACAACGGCACUCUUGUAAACGAAACUCUCGUUGAGUUUGACUGGAAGUCAUAUGUUCAAGAUUCAAAAUACCAUUAUUUCUUGGAGGGCAUUUUAGAUGCACUGCUAUGUGGAAACAGCUCUGAUGCAGGCCAAUGUCCAGAAGGAUACAUGUGUGUAAAAGCUGGUAGAAACCCCAAUUAUGGCUACACCAGCUUUGAUACUUUCAGUUGGGCUUUUUUAUCUUUAUUUCGACUAAUGACUCAGGACUUCUGGGAAAAUCUUUACCAACUGACAUUACGAGCAGCUGGGAAAACAUAUAUGAUAUUUUUUGUGCUGGUCAUUUUCUUGGGCUCAUUCUACCUAAUAAAUUUGAUUCUGGCUGUGGUGGCCAUGGCCUAUGAGGAACAGAAUCAGGCCACCUUGGAAGAGGCAGAGCAGAAAGAAGCUGAGUUUCAGCAGAUGCUCGAACAACUUAAAAAGCAACAGGAGGCAGCCCAGCAGGCUUCAGCUGUAACUGCCUCAGAGCAUUCCAGAGAACCGAGUGCAGCAGGUGGCCUCUCAGACAGUUCCUCUGAAGCCUCCAAGUUGAGUUCCAAGAGUGCUAAGGAAAGAAGAAAUCGGAGAAAGAAAAGGAAACAGAAAGAGCAGUCUGGUGGGGAAGAGAAAGAUGAGGAUGAUUUCCAUAAAUCUGAAUCAGAAGACAGCAUCAGGAGGAAAGGGUUUCGCUUCUCCAUUGAAGGGAAUCGACUAACAUAUGAAAAGAGGUACUCCUCUCCACACCAGUCUUUGUUGAGCAUCCGUGGCUCCCUAUUUUCUCCAAGGCGAAAUAGCAGAACAAGCCUUUUCAGCUUUAGAGGGCGAACAAAAGAUGUGGGGUCCGAGAAUGACUUUGCUGAUGACGAACACAGCACAUUUGAGGAUAAUGAGAGCCGGAGAGAUUCGCUAUUUGUACCCCGACGUCAUGGAGAGAGACGCAACAGUAACCUGAGUCAGACUAGUAGGUCGUCCCGGAUGCUGGCAGUGUUUCCAGCGAAUGGGAAGAUGCACAGCACUGUGGAUUGCAAUGGUGUGGUUUCCUUGGUUGGUGGACCUUCAGUUCCUACAUCGCCUGUUGGACAGCUUCUGCCAGAGGGAACAACCACUGAAACUGAAAUGAGGAAGAGAAGGUCAAGUUCUUUCCAUGUUUCCAUGGACUUUCUAGAAGAUCCUUCCCAAAGACAAAGGGCAAUGAGUAUAGCCAGUAUUUUAACAAAUACAGUAGAAGAGCUUGAAGAAUCCAGACAAAAAUGCCCUCCUUGUUGGUAUAAAUUUUCCAACGUAUUCUUAAUCUGGGACUGUUCGCCACAUUGGUUAAAGGUGAAACACAUUGUCAACUUGAUUGUGAUGGACCCAUUUGUUGACCUAGCCAUCACCAUCUGCAUUGUCUUAAAUACUCUUUUCAUGGCCAUGGAGCACUACCCAAUGACGCCACAUUUCAAUCAUGUGCUUACAGUCGGAAACUUGGUAUUCACUGGAAUCUUUACAGCAGAAAUGUUUCUGAAAAUUAUUGCUAUGGAUCCUUACUAUUAUUUCCAAGAAGGCUGGAAUAUCUUUGAUGGGUUCAUUGUGACACUCAGCCUGGUAGAACUUGGCCUCGCAGAUGUGGAAGGAUUAUCAGUUCUCCGUUCAUUCAGAUUGCUCCGAGUAUUCAAAUUGGCAAAAUCUUGGCCAACAUUAAAUAUGCUAAUAAAGAUCAUUGGCAAUUCAGUGGGGGCUUUGGGAAAUCUGACCCUGGUCUUGGCCAUCAUCGUCUUCAUUUUUGCCGUGGUCGGCAUGCAGCUCUUUGGUAAGAGCUACAAAGAUUGUGUCUGCAAGAUCUCCAAUGACUGUAAACUCCCUCGCUGGCACAUGAAUGACUUUUUCCACUCCUUCCUAAUUGUGUUCCGCGUGCUGUGUGGAGAGUGGAUAGAGACCAUGUGGGACUGUAUGGAGGUCGCUGGCCAAGCCAUGUGCCUUACUGUCUUCAUGAUGGUCAUGGUCAUUGGGAACCUAGUGGUCCUGAACCUCUUUCUGGCUUUGCUUCUGAGCUCAUUCAGCGCAGACAACCUUGCUGCCACUGAUGAUGAUAAUGAAAUGAACAAUCUCCAAAUUGCUGUGGAGAGGAUGCACAAGGGGAUAGCAUAUGUGAAAAGAAAAAUAUAUGAAUUUAUUCAACAGUCCUUUGUUAGGAAACAAAAGAUUUUAGAUGAGAUUAAACCACUUGAUGAUCUAAACAACAAGAAAGACAACUGUAUGUCCAACCAUACAACAGAAAUUGGGAAAGAUCUUGAGUAUCUUAAAGAUGUCAAUGGAACCACAAGUGGCAUAGGAACUGGCAGCAGUGUUGAAAAAUACAUUAUUGAUGAAAGUGAUUACAUGUCAUUCAUAAACAACCCCAGUCUUACUGUAACUGUUCCAAUUGCUGUUGGAGAGUCUGACUUUGAAAACUUAAACACAGAGGACUUCAGUAGUGAAUCAGAUCUGGAAGAAAGCAAAGAGAAACUUAACGAAAGCAGUAGCUCCUCGGAAGGCAGCACUGUAGACAUUGGCGCUCCUGCGGAAGAGCAGCCUGUAGUGGAACCUGAAGAAACCUUGGAGCCUGAAGCCUGUUUCACUGAAGGUUGUGUACAAAGAUUCAAAUGUUGUCAAGUCAGUGUGGAAGAAGGGCGAGGAAAGCAAUGGUGGAACUUGAGAAGAACGUGUUUCCGAAUUGUUGAACAUAACUGGUUUGAGACGUUCAUUGUCUUCAUGAUUCUCCUUAGUAGUGGCGCUCUGGCAUUCGAAGACAUAUAUAUUGAUCAGCGAAAGACGAUUAAGACUAUGUUGGAAUAUGCUGACAAGGUUUUCACUUACAUUUUCAUUCUGGAAAUGCUUCUAAAAUGGGUAGCAUAUGGCUAUCAAACAUAUUUCACCAAUGCCUGGUGUUGGCUCGACUUCUUAAUUGUUGAUGUUUCAUUGGUCAGUUUAACAGCAAAUGCCUUGGGUUAUUCAGAACUUGGUGCCAUCAAAUCUCUCAGGACACUAAGAGCUCUAAGGCCUCUGAGAGCCUUAUCACGAUUUGAAGGGAUGAGGGUGGUUGUGAAUGCCCUUUUAGGAGCAAUUCCAUCCAUCAUGAAUGUGCUUCUGGUUUGUCUUAUAUUCUGGCUAAUUUUCAGCAUCAUGGGCGUAAAUUUGUUUGCUGGCAAAUUCUACCAUUGUAUUAACACCACAACUGGUGACUACUUUGACAUCUCCGACGUGAAUAAUCAUUCUGAUUGCCUAAAACUAAUAGAGAGAAAUGAGACUGCCCGAUGGAAAAAUGUGAAAGUAAACUUUGAUAAUGUAGGAUUUGGGUAUCUCUCUUUGCUUCAAGUUAACAAAUUUCAAGGAAUGGUCUUUGACUUUGUAACCAGACAAGUUUUUGACAUAAGUAUCAUGAUUCUAAUCUGUCUCAAUAUGGUCACUAUGAUGGUGGAAACAGAUGACCAGAGUGAAGAAAUGACUAUUAUUUUAUCACGCAUCAACCUGGUGUUCAUUGUUCUGUUCACUGGAGAGUGCGUGCUGAAGCUCAUCUCCCUCCGACAUUAUUACUUUACCAUAGGCUGGAAUAUCUUUGAUUUUGUGGUUGUAAUUCUCUCCAUUGUAGGUAAGAAAUAUUUAAGUGCCCUGGGAUCCUAUUUCUUACCACCCUUUCUUAUUGUUGAAAUUAUUUUAUCUGUAAUAAUAAAUUCUCUGCGUCUGAUCAAAGGGGCAAAGGGAAUCCGAACACUGCUGUUUGCUUUGAUGAUGUCCCUUCCUGCCUUGUUUAACAUCGGCCUCCUGCUCUUCCUGGUCAUGUUCAUCUACGCCAUCUUUGGAAUGUCCAACUUUGCCUAUGUUAAGAGGGAAGUUGGAAUUGAUGACAUGUUCAACUUUGAGACCUUUGGCAACAGCAUGAUCUGCCUAUUCCAAAUUACCACCUCUGCUGGCUGGGAUGGAUUGUUAGCACCUAUCCUUAAUAGUGGACCACCUGACUGUGAUCCUAAUAAAGUUAACCCUGGAAGUCCUGUUAAGGGAGACUGUGGCAACCCAUCUGUUGGGAUUUUCUUCUUUGUCAGUUACAUCAUCAUCUCAUUCCUGGUUGUGGUGAACAUGUACAUCGCUGUCAUCCUGGAGAACUUCAGUGUUGCUACUGAAGAAAGUGCAGAGCCCCUGAGUGAGGAUGACUUCGAGAUGUUUUAUGAGGUUUGGGAGAAGUUUGAUCCAGAUGCUACUCAGUUCAUGGAAUUUGAGAAACUAUCACAGUUUGCAGCUGCUCUUGAACCCCCUCUCAAUUUGCCACAACCAAACAAAGUCCAGCUCAUUGCCAUGGAUCUCCCCAUGGUCAGUGGUGACCGGAUCCACUGUCUUGACAUCUUAUUUGCUUUUACAAAGCGGGUUCUGGGGGAGAGUGGAGAGAUGGAUGCUCUCCGAAUACAGAUGGAAGAGAGAUUCAUGGCUUCCAAUCCUUCCAAGGUCUCCUAUCAGCCAAUUACCACUACUUUAAAACGAAAACAAGAGGAGUUGUCUGCUCUUAUUAUUCAGCGUGCUUAUAGGCGCCAUCUUUUGAAGCGAACUGUUAAACAAGCUUCAUUUACAUACAACAAAAACAAAAUCAAAAGUGGGGCUAAUCUUCUUGUAAAAGAAGACCUGAUAAUUGAUAGAAUAAAUGAAAACUCUAUUACAGAGAAAACUGAUCUCACCAUGUCCACAGCAGUUUGUCCACCCUCUUAUGACCGGGUAACAAAGCCAAUCGUAGAAAAACAUGAGCAAGAAGGCAAAGAUGAAAAAGCCAAAGGGAAAUAA